UGGCAACAGUUGAGUAAACGUUUUAUUUAUUUGUCCUCGACUAAUUCAGACUACCCGCUGACACCUUUCGACGCCGGAACGGAAACGUGACUUCGAGAAUAUUAGCAUUUCUUGUCGUAUUUUUUAACGGGGCAGUCGAUACAAUAUUAAUUAUAAUUGAUUUGCACUGUGUCGUAUUUUGAUCGUAGCUACAUAGUUCUUUUUCGCUCGCGUAAUUUGUUUUUAAACCUUAUUUUUAUUAGUACGAAAAAUAAAAAAAUGUUUGAAUUAAAUUUGUUCAACUUAGUAGUGAUCGCGUUUACGCUGUUAAUAUCGAUUGUGACGUAUGCCCGUCUCCGACAACCGCUGGAAUACCGGCAGAUUUCGCAGCACGUACCGUCCGUGACGAAAACCUUAUGGACUGAAUUCACACUGUCGUUGGAACUGGGCAUGAAACACCCGAAAGGUAAGAGGUACGCGAUUUCGGUGAUGGUUUUAGAUUCCGGUGAUGUCGAGAAGGGCUACGGCCCAGUUGCGCCCCGGAGAGUCCCGAGGGACGUGGACCCCAAAGAUAAGGUACUACCUGCCGAUAUGUUAUGGCCGAUAUGCGCCAAUUUCGCAGAUACAUAA